CUUUAUUUUUUGGUUCCCCCCACGUCGACAUCUUGCUCCACCGGUCCGUGCGCUCUCUGAAAAGGAAGAUUGGUUCUUCUCUUACCAAAAACCCAACGCGCUGGGUCCGCCCCUCUCCUACUCCUGACCGCUUUCCCUUCCCACCGCGCCCACUUCGCCCCUAAGCGAGAUCGCGCACGAAAGAUGGCAAGCAUGACCCAGCCGCCUCGGCAGUAUCCCCCCAGCGAGAACAAGACCGCCAUCGUCACCGGCGGCUCCCAGGGCAUCGGCCGGGCGACAGCGCUGUGCCUGGCCCGUGCAGGCUGGAACGUCGUCAUCUCUGCUCGCAACGGCGACAAGCUCGCCGAGGCGCAGCGGUACAUCACAGCCCAGCUCGCAAGCACAGCUACUGGGACCGCAAAGAACAAGAUUGAGACAUUCCAGGGCGACAUGACGGUCGAAAAGGACGUGGAAGCCAUGUUCGACGUCGCGCGGCAGCGGUGCUCGGGCGCCGUCGACCUCAUCUUUAUCAAUGCGGGCAUGAGUGGGCCCAAUGUGCCUCUGCAGCAGCUCAGCCUCGCCGACUGGACCAGCGUCGUCAAUGUCAAUCUCACCGGCGCAUGGCUCUGUGCGCGCGAGGCCUUCCGCCAUAUGGACGGCACCCAUGCGAUGGGUGGGAGGAUCGUGCUGAACGGCAGCAUCAGUGCACAUGCACCCAGGCCCAAUUCGAGCGCCUAUACGGCAACCAAGCACGCAAUUAGCGGUCUCACAAAGUCCCUGGCGCUGGACGGACGAAAGUACAACAUCGCCGUCACACAGCUCGACAUUGGCAACGCAGUCUCGGCCAUGACCGAGGGCAUGGGCGCCGGUGCGAUGCAGGCCGACGGCAGCGUCAGGGCAGAGCCACGGAUGGACGUCGAGCACGCUGCGCGGCAGGUGGUGCACGUGGCCGAGAUGCCGCUCGAGGCCAAUGUGCUCAACAUCACCGUCAUGGCCACCAACAUGCCGAGCCACGUAGCGAGGGGAUGAAGAAACGGUCCAACUUGUCUACUACUACAACUACAACUACAA